GAUUGAUUUAGCUGGAAGCUGCAACAAUUACCAAUCGAUUUUGCCCAAGGGUGGUCUGGAAGUAGUUGAAAUAGACUCACCUUGAUGGUGUGCAAAGUUGGGACAUUAAACUAGUCAAAAAUUUGGUACAAAUAAGAAAAAAAGCAACUUGACCUACUCCAGUCAGACACUGUAAAAUCGAAAUAUGAAUGGUCGUUAGUACACCAAGACCGACCAGAUUUCAGCAUGACAAAACUGCUAAACUAGAUAAAUAUAAAGUGUUGCAUAAAACGUAACAAUUAACCUGCACCAAAAAAUGAUUGCACCGCAAGACCGGUGAUGCAAAUAAUGGUUUCCUAAGAACGACUCGUAAUAUAAAUAGGUUUCCUGGCUCUGUAAACAACAGACUUAUCGGUGGUAUUUCUAAAUUAGUCAGUCAGCAUGAAGGUGCUCACCUUAUCACUCGGGGUACUUCUUGUCAUAGCUUACGCGAGUGCUAGAUCGCUUAAAGGCGAAGAUGGUUCUGAUCUUGUAGCGGCAGAGUCCAAACACGGACAUGGUCAUUCGAGUUCGCAUGAAGAUGGUGGUGGCAAAGAGCAUCACGCCGAUCAUCAUCACGACCAUGGACAUAAGGACGAGAAAGGGUAUGACGGCCAUCAUCAUCAUCACAAAGACCACCACUCGAAGCACGGACAUCAUCACCACGAAGGGCACCAUGAAGUGGAUGGUGGGCACCAUCACAAACACCACGACGAAGGCGGCCAUCACAAAUCACAUCAUGAUCACGACCAUCACCACGAAGGAGGAAAAUUCGGUGAAAAAAAAGGCCACAAGAAAGGACAGAAAACCCAUGGCCACCAUCUCAAGAAGCACCGGGACGAGUUCCACAAACACCACAAAUUCUACGAUGAGGCCCACAAAGCCGGGCAUCACAAGAAGCAUGGCUCUCACCACGCUCACCAUGGCAGCAAAGGUGGUCAUCACAAGAAAGGAGGUUCUCACAAGAGCGGCCACCAUGAGGAACACCAUGGAAAGAAGGGUCAUCACGACCAUGGACACCAUGACGAACACCAUAAGGGACACAAAUCACACCAUGGACACGCAGGACACCAUCAUCAUCACGGCGAACACGACGAUAAAGGUGAACAUUCUGAAGGAAAACAUUGGGGAUCUUCUCAUCACAAGAAACAAUAAAACAUUGAACUCAGGUGACACAGCAUUUGCCGUAUUUUUGUAUUUUAUUACAUUUUUCGUUGAUUUUCACUUUUGUAAUAUAAUAUACUGAAAAUAAAUCGUA